AGAGAUAUUCUGAGAGCAGAUAAUUGUACAUGACGCAUUUUCAUUGUAACCUAUAAGUAUGGACAUUUUCAAGAGGACAAAGUCGCCCAACAUUACCAACAACUUCAAGUGACUAUCUGUAAUAUGGUGCAUCCCUGGUGAUGUGUAGAGGGAGAUGAUAUGGCACAGGCUCCCUUAUCUGAUCCUGAUUGUCUUAUAGAAAUUGUGCUGGUUGGGAAAGUUGGAUGCGGGAAGAGUGCUUCGGGAAACACCAUCCUACGCAGGGAGGAGUUCAAAUCAUCAUGUAGUUUCUCAACUGUGACAAAAACUUGUGAGAGGAAGACAGAAAUUGUUUGUGGGAGGAAGAUAGCUCUCGUGGACACUCCUGGACUAGACUGUGCUGAGGUGUCCAGUAACGAACUGUUUCUAUCCUUAAAGAACAAAACAUACAAAGUUGUCAAUAUCUUCCUACUGGUGAUCCAGCUGGGCAGGUUCACAGAGGAACAGAAUGCAGCUGUACAAAAGAUGGAGGACAUAUUUGGUGAGGAGGUGAGAAAGUUCACCAUGAUACUCUUCACACAUGGAGACAUGUUGAAACGUACAUCAAUAGAAGACUAUAUCCAAAAAGCAGGUGAACCACUGGGGCAAGUUGUUCGGAGAUAUGGUCAGAGAUACCAUGUGUUCAACAAUGAGUCUGGUCCUCCAAGCCAGGUGACAGAACUGUUUGAGAAGAUCAACAGAAUGCGGACUGUGGGACAUAACAGAUCGUACUACUUUGUUUCAUCCGGAGCAAUGAAGAGUGAGUUGUUAUUGUACAUCUCAAAGAAGACGGGGCUGAGCUUUUGGAUUGUCGAGAAAGAAUUGGACCGGGGAAUACUUAUCUUAACCGACGGUUUUACAUAUCUAUCAGUAAUGGAGGACAUUAUGGAAUAUGAUGUAAAACGAGUGGAGGAAAUGAAAAUACUUGAGGAGGAGAGAAUUAGUCUUGAGGAGGAGAGACAAGAAUUUAUGGGGAUGGAAAUAAUGUUUAAGAUGAUGAGGAUCUAUGGACCUCUGUGGAGAAACAGAUGUGUGGAGGAGCAAGAAAGACUUGAGGAGGAGCGAGAUAGACUUGAGGAGGAGAGAAAAAGACUUGAGGAGAUGGAAAUAUUUGAGGAGCUGUGGAGCUGGAGAUAUGUGGAAAGAAACAGAAGUGAGGAGGAGAUAAAAAGACUUGAGCAGAGAGAGAGAUGUGAGAAGGAGAGAGAAAGACGUAAGGAGGAGAGCGAAAGACGUGAGAAGGAGAGCGAAAGACGGGAGGAAGAGAGAGAAAGACGGGAGGAGGAGAGAAAAAGUCUUGUGGAGAGAGAAAGACUGGAGGAGGAAGGAGAAAGAUGUCAGGAAGAGAGAAAACGACGUGGGGAAGAGAGAAAACGACGUGGGGAAGAGAGAAAACGACGUGGGGAGGAGAGAAAAAUACUUUUGGAGAGAGAAAGACGUGAGGAGGAGAGAGAAAGACGUGAGGAGGAGAGAGAAAGACGUGAGGAGGAGAGAGAAAGACGUGAGGAGGAGAGAGUAAGACGUGAGGAGGAGAGAGUAAGACGUGAGGAGGAGAGAGUAAGAUGUGAGGAGAGAGAAGGACGUGGGGAGAGAGAAAGACGUGAGGAGGAGAGAAAAAGACGUGAGGAGGAGAGAAAAAGACAUGAGAAGGAGAGAGAAAGACGUGAGGAGAGAAAAAGACGUGAGGAGGAAAGAGAAAGACGUGAGGAGGAGAGAGAAAGACAUGAGGAGGAGAGAAAAAUACGUGAGGAGAAGAGAAAAAUACGUGGGGAGGAGAGAAAAAGACGUGAGGAGGAGAGAAAAAGACUUGAGGAGAGGAGAAAAAGACAUGAGGAGAGAAAAAGACAUGAGGAGGAGAGAAAAAGACGUGAGGAGAGAAAAAGACGUGAGGAGAGAAAAAUACAUGAGAGAAAAAGACGUGAGGAGAGAAAAAGACGUGAGGAGGAAAAAAAAUAUUUCUUGUGGAGUUAAUUUCUGUAUUAUCAAAUGAGGAGAGACAAACUUAUCACACAAGUCAGUUUUACUUAAACCAAAUCUUUAUUAGUGAGAGCUUUGGAAUAGCAAUGGCUUGCCAACGAAUCACCACCGUCUCUGAUGAUCCGUUGAGAAACACAACACAAAGGCUGCUGAUAUCUUUUAUACAAGAGAUCCACCCCCCGGUCUACAUAACAAACCACAAAUGUUCUGAACCGGUCACAAGGUGAGACUUUUUAAAUGAGAAAGAAGUAUCCCGUAGCCAGAUAGCAUUCGCUAUAAAUCAUUGUUCAGUUCGGCCCCUAAGACGAGGUUCAGAUCUCGUUCCUGGUACUUCAUAGCACAAAAACACCAACUCAUCCAAUGGCAUAAAUCAAAUUGAAUCAAACUCCAGAUACUCCCAUCUCAAUAAAACCCCUUCUUGACCCCACUCCUGGACAAGCUCACUGAGGGGAGUGAGCCUCUAGGUCAUACACUUUCCCAGGAUAAUUACAACAUCAGAGAUAACAUACAAUGGUUCCAGAGACCACCCCAAACAUCCCCCAAAGUCAAAGGAGGGAGUGACUUGCACAGACAAGUAAUUGGUUCCCCAUUAAUCACGCCAUCCCUUCACAUGGUCUAAGAAUAGGUGAAGACUCAUCCACAUAUGAAGACAAUGUUCCCUCCUGUCCUCUUCUCUUUCUGAUAUUCUGCAGAGCACCAGGGACAUGUGAAAGACAAGCCUGAUCUCUCCCCUCUCUGGAUCCCAGGUGACUGAGCCCCAACUGAGGGAGGAAGUGCAACUGCCAACACCAGAGUCUAAAGGGAUACAUUCUAAUAACAAGAAUAUCAUGCAAGCAUAUUAUGCUGUUGAGACAUCUUGUGGCGAAAUCUGCACGGAGCCUUCACCGUGCACUGCCACUUUAAGAGCGCAUGAGCAGUAAGGAAGGAGGAAAUAAAGAGAGUUCAUUUAGCUCUUUGGGGAGGAGCUCUUUGGUGGCGCGACAGUUUGAUUGUGUGUGCUGUGCUGCAGAAGUUUUGUUUGUUUUCAGCGUGUGUAGUUUAUAGAGUAUUUAACUCAAUCAUCGGUGUAAUCGCUCUAGGUCGUGGUUGUUUUAGUUUGGGACCGCGCCCGUUAUGGAUUGCAUGUAUUCGUAGCAACAUUGUUGCGAAGCUUUAACAUACAAACCAUCGGACAGUCAGACAGUACACCUGCACGCCUGAAGACCACAGCUAAGAUCUCUCUUGUUCUCUUUCUCUCUUUCUCUUCCCUCUAUCGUUCCAGUGCUUUACCCUGCAACAGACUCUCUAUUUUCCUAAUGCACUUCCCAUUGAAGAUCAUUGGAGCUGGACUAUUAUUGCCCUGCCAGAAGUAUGUGGACAUUUUAGUUAAAAGGGAGGUUGCUUGCAAGUUGUGUAUUGUUAUGUGAACUGUAUUGAGGUGUACUAAUGACAUGUGGCCGAGAAGACUGUGGACAUUUUUAAGGCCUUUGUUGUGUCGAUGAACACCCCCCACAUUCAUACCCUCUGCACUCAUCCACUAGAAAAUAAUACAGAUUAUUGCAAAAUCUAUGUUGAUGACUGGGUUCGUUCUUGUAUGAAGUUGCUGUUGAAUUGCUCUGCCAUUAUUAGUAUUAGUAUUAUUGUAUGAGGUAUUCUUGUUUGGGUUACCCCUGUGCUGUGAUGUGGGUUUUACAGUGCCUUGCGAAAGUAUUUGGCCCCCUUGAACUUUGCGACCUUUUGCCACAUUUCAGGCUUCAAACAUAAAGAUAUAAAACUGUAUUUUUUGUGAAGAAUCAAC